CUUUCAUUUGGUUUUCUAGUGUUUGGCUGUGUGGUUUACUGAUUAACAACAUGAGAUUUCUGUUAACAUUUCUUACAAUUUACGUGGUGUGGUUGCAACUGCCGCAAGCUGAAGCGAGGAAGAAAGGAUACUGCUGUCUGGCAACAAUGCUGUGUUACAGCGUCAUUUACCCAACACGAUGCACUGAGUUUCCCAAUGGCAAACAAUUAUAUUACGGUGAUCCAACAUUGUGCUAUAGCGAACUCUGCGGCGGCUUUAAAACUCCGACACCUUGCUGCGGCAAAAAGAAUUGCGACUUUUUCUGCUGCAAUUGUAAAGAGUGCAGGAAAAAUAGGAAAAAGGUUGCUGGCGACUUUCGGGAAAUGUAUUACGGCAGAGCUCUCAAUGUGUUUGAGCGGGCAACUCUCCCUAAGUUACCUAAUAAGCCGCCCAUUCCUUUUAAGUGUGAAGAUUUUCCACCACUACCCAAUCAUUAGCGAGUUUAAAAAGUUGUAAGAGUUAAAUGCAAUAAAUAUAAUUUCAAUCACU